AAAACCGACGAACCACGGGGCUUUCCGAGAAAAAGCGUAUGGAACAGAGUUUCUGAAUGGAUCAAAAAGACGAAGGACAUUGUGGUCCUCUAUGCAAGACGCAUUGGGCGAUUCUGUUACGGAAUAGCCUGCAAAGUGGCAAGACUCCUAUGGACCACAGCUCAGUGCCUAUGGGCUGUGGUCAGGGCUAUGUUCUGGCCGAGUGUGGAAUCAAAACCGCUACCGCGAUCGGCACCGAAACCCUUCAAACCUCUCGCUCAGGAUUCGCCAUCAUUCAACAAGGUCGAGUUCAAUCCGGAAGAGUCACUGGUGAAGCAAGAGGUCCAGCCCGAUCAAGGAGUCAUCCCGUCGGCGGCGCCGGAACCCGAACCGCUCACACGUCGCGGGCACCCCACACCGGCCGAACGAGUUCAGAUGUACGCUGCUGACACUGUCACUCAGCAGCACAACGGCAUCCCCGUAGCGAUGCCCCGACACACGUCGUCGUACAUUCCCGACUCCCAGUUGCACCACGAAGACUUCCCAGGGCCAUCAACACACCGAUUCACCGACACCAGCCUCGAUGGCGCUCAUAUGGAGAUCAGUCCUAGUGUAGGAGAGAUUCCAAUGCAUGCACCUCCACCAGCUCCUCCUCCUCCACCGCUUAGACCAGUACGAAUUGAUACCGUAAAUGGCAGGGAGGACACGACUGUGGAUCCAUGGGAGUACACUCCGCAGCAACCCAUCACCACCAAAAAGGAGCCACCCGGAAUCGGCAAGCUGCCUGCCGAUGUCAUGGCCGAGUUACACGGAACUCAGAAGAUGCGACUGGAGCGGGAGGCAUCCGUGCAACGCGAAAUGACACAGAGCUGCCAUCCCGACAUGACGCAGUGGAAAACGCAGGAGAAUGAAAGUCGAUAUGAUCGCUCCGCGACGGCCACCCCGUACCGGGCCAGCAGCGUCGGUCCCACAAUGAGGAAACUCGAGCAGGUUGUGAGUAGGCUGGACGAUGCCAGUGAAAACGAGGCGCAGUAUGUAUUCAGAGCCAAAGCCGUUCGGAUUACAGGAAUGCGCGCAACGUCGUGUUCACACCGCUGGAAGAAGCUGAACGAAUGCGAGACACUAUCAACAGCAUCUUUUACACUCGAAAUCGGUUCCCUGAAGGAAGCUGUUCGGUCACUGGGAGCGUCAACUCCGCCGGCACUUUUGCAAAAUGCUGUGAAGCUCGAGGCCCGUGACGCCUGCGCACAGCGUCGUAAGUGGACGGAUUACGCCCUACGGACAGGACUCUUACGCUUCACGCAGCUACAGAAGGUCAGUUUGGUACUUCUUCUGAGCGCAGGAGGGAUGUGA